UUUUAUUUUCAUUUUCUACCCUUUGAUCCUUUUUCAAUCCUUUCUCAUGGUCUCGCCCUUACAACCUCUUUCCCUUCCCAACUCCUUCACUCUCUUCAGUUUGAUCUAGUUUCUCCAAAUCCCAAUUCAUUUCUCUUAGAUCUCUCAAAUUGGGUUAUGGAAAUGGCUUCUAGCCCCCGCACAGUUGAAGAGAUCUUCAAGGACUACAGUGCUCGAAGAACUGGUGUUGUUCGUGCUCUCACUCAAGAUGUUGAUGAAUUUUACGGGCUCUGUGAUCCAGAUAAGGAGAACUUGUGCCUCUAUGGACAUCCCAAUGAAGCCUGGGAAGUGACUCUGCCAGCAGAGGAAGUUCCUCCGGAGCUACCUGAGCCAGCUCUUGGCAUCAACUUUGCUAGAGAUGGCAUGAACCGCAGGGACUGGCUUUCUCUGGUUGCUGUGCACAGUGAUUCAUGGUUGCUUUCUGUGGCCUUUUAUCUUGGAGCUCGUCUCAACCGCAAUGAAAGGAAACGUUUAUUUAGUUUGAUCAACGAUCUUCCCACCGUUUUUGAAGUUGUGACUGACAGGAAACCAAUUAAGGACAAGCCCACUGUGGAUAGUGGAAGCAAAUCUCGGGGAAGCACCAAGAGAUCUAGUGAUGGGCAAGUUAAAAGCAACCCAAAGUUUGCAGAUGAGGGUUAUGAGGAGGAUGAAGAUGAGCAUAGUGAAACUCUUUGUGGGAGCUGUGGCGGAAAUUACAAUGCGGAUGAAUUUUGGAUUGGCUGUGAUAUAUGUGAGAGGUGGUUCCAUGGGAAAUGUGUGAAGAUUACUCCUGCAAAGGCUGAGAGCAUCAAGCAAUAUAAAUGUCCAUCAUGCAGCAUGAGGAGGGGCAGGCCCUAGGAUGAAGCCAAUAUGUCAUGUUGUGGCUGACAAGAUACUGUAAUAUUGUUACAUCACUUAAGAGAAGUUCAUGUAAUAGGUAUAGUGUCUAUGUCUAAUGCCGUAUUUCUCUGGGAUUAAGUUUGUUUUCACCAAGAUGAAUUCUUAGUGUAUGUUAUAUAUUUAUAGAAUAGAAUAUGAUGAAUUCUGAUUUUUCAAUUAAUUGAUAUUUGCUUGAAUGUACACAUU